UCUCUGCGUGUAUAACGCGAUAAAACGAAAAAGAAUAGCAUUGUCAUCGUCGCGCUGUUGACAUUAUUCUUGCAAUUGAGAUAGGUGGUGAUAUCUAAGGGCAGUUUACAAAGAUUUUGAAAUUCUAAGCGCAUUACCGGAUUGCAUAUUCAAUAAAAUUUAUUGUAUAUGCCCUUGAGUCGUGUCGCCAGAAUGGUAAUCAAGCAUCACGUCAAAAGUUGGGAUGAAUUCACCAAACUGGCUGAGAGUUUGGAAGGAAAUGGUGAGCCGGUGCACGUCUUAUUUUCCGGUGACAAGGACGAGAAAGGUGACAGCUGGUGCCCUUAUUGCGUGAAAGCUGCUCCAGUCGUGGAGAACGCUCUGAAGGAAGCCCCAGAGAAAAGUCAUUUUAUUUCAGUGGAAAUCGAUCGCCCAUUUUGGAAAGAUUUGAACAACCCAUAUCGUAAAGACCCACGUACUAAUCUUGUGUUUCUGCCCACGUUGCUCCGUUGGAAAUCACCCCAGAGACUAGAUGGUGAGCGAGUUUCAAACAAGGAUCUUGUAGAAAUGCUUCUUUCGGAUGAGGACUAAAUCAGAUCUAGUCCAAAGUUUAACUAAAACGUCAAAACCAUAUAUGUUUGGGAUGUACAAAAUGUAACAGAUCUUGACCGAACUUACAACUGUUAAUAAACGAUAGACUUCACAGAAA